UUGUUAGUAGCAGUUCAAUAAUUUAGAUGAAGGAUGCUCAAGGCCUAUGCUCUGAGUGCUCAAUUGUUUUUGGAAUUGCCCGGAGAAAAGGGACUUGCUGAGCAAGUCUUAUUCGCCCAUAAGCUUUGAGCGCUCGCGGCGAUAAUACAAUAACAACUUUUUGUUUUCCUCUUUCCGCCACAUUCUGUCACCAAACGCAAUAUAUGUAUUUUUUUCUUGUUUCUUCCUGGAACAUCUUCGAACACUUGAACUGGAAUUCAUUCCUUGUACCUUCUGUUUGCAAUUUAGAGAAAAUUUCGCCCUUCGCUUCUCUCAGUGCACAGCUGCAAACCAACACAAUAACGUCACUAAAUAUGUGCACGCUUUUUUGUAUUUGUGUUAUUGAACGAUUUUGAGCACCCGUGAUUUAGAUAUUCUCGACGGUGCUGCGUUAAACUGGGUUAAAAUUGUUUACUGAGACGGAUGUCUGGGCUAUUUACUAAAAGGUCUUAUCUUAUCCGGGGCGGAUGCGAGUUACUGAAAAUUGGUUUUAUUAUUGACCAUGAAGUGCGGAUAAGCAGGCUACUUAUCGAUGGCUAUUGAACAUUUACUUUCAAGCUAAUAGUUUGAAGAUCCCAUUCAUUCAAGUAAUUUGCGACACGCAUUCGAAAGAGGCACAUCAGUCCGUAAAUCCAUAUUCUAACAUGGUUGCAUUAAGGUCUCACGGAAGGCAGGAGGAACAACCCUUAGUUACCAUCUUUGAUGACAAACGAAUCUUUCCGAAUUUCCGAGCUGGACCUUUAGACGAGUAUCGCCAGAGGGCAAGCUUCUGUUACAAGCACAUGAACGUGUUGCUUGAGGGCGAGGAUCAUAUCCGGAUGAAGCACAAGGUUUGGCAAUGGAUGGAAAAACACCCUGACUUCCAGCGGGAGCCAGAGUGGUCAAAUCUGGAACGUGUUCGUGAGAUGGCCAACAAACGACAGCAUCUCCUCUGGGAACAACAGUUCUAUGGCGUUAACGAUUACUUGGAAACACCACACCUUCUGCUGGCUUUUGGACAGGCCAUCUUCAGCUACGACUUCAGUACUUCGGUUAAAUUCGGCCUUUCAACGGGCAUGUUUCCCAGCACCUUGGUCUCUAAUGGAUCUGGGCGCCUGGGCAAGUACGUGGCCAAGAUCGCAGACAACCGUAUUAUUGGAGCUUACGCGCUUACUGAAAUCUCUCACGGCACCAAUGCACUUGGCAUGCGCACCCGGGCCACCUACGACAUAAAAAGGCAGGAAUUCGUCAUCCAUACGCCAGACUUCGAGGCGGCUAAGUGCUGGGUGGGUAACCUUGGUAAGACUUGCACUCAUGCUAUUGUCUACGCUCAGCUGUUCGUUCCUGAUGACAAGCACCAGGGCCUACAGGCCUUUCUUGUUCCCAUCCGCGAUGAGCAAACUCUGCUCCCUUUUCCUGGCGUAACAGUUGGCGAUAUGGGCGAGAAAAUCGGUCUUAAUGGCAUCGACAACGGCUUUGUAAUGUUUAACCAAUAUCGUAUACCUAAAGCCAAUUUACUGUCAAAGACCGGCGACAUUGAUGACCAAGGUAACUAUACCAGCCAAAUUAAGGACGAGAGGAAGCGCCUAGGUGCCUCUUUGGGCGCUCUUUCCGUAGGUCGCGUCAAUAUUACAGCUAUCACCUACGUGGCUCUGAGCAAAGCUGUAACAAUUGCCACCCGUUAUGCAGCCAGCAGGCGUCAGUUCGGACCUACUAAUAGCCUAACAGAGUGGCCUGUGUUCGAGUAUCAAUCACAACAAUACCGACUUAUCCCUCACUUGGCCACUACAAUCGCAUUGCGAGUUGCCACGCUUUGGAUAGGCAAAGUAAAUGUAGAUUUGACAAUGAAGGGCUUCGCCGGCGAGGAUACGUCCCUAGCGGGCAUGGAGGUUCAUGCAAUUUCGUCUGCACUCAAACCAGUCGCUACCUGGGCGGCCAGGGAUGGCAUUCAGGAGUGCCGCGAAGCCUGUGGUGGUCAUGGCUACUUAAAAAACUCUGGCUUAGGCGACCUUCGAAACGACAACGAUGCUAACUGCACUUAUGAAGGCGAAAACAACACGCUUAUCCAGCAAGCAUCCAAUUGGUUGAUCAGUCUACGUCGCAACAACGCCGACUUUGUAGCCGUAUCUCCGUUAGAGACGGUUUCUUUUUUAAAGAAUAUGGACAACAUUUUACAAAGCAACAGCAAGGAAUGUACAAUUGCCGAAACCAUGGAUGUACACAAUUUGUUAAAGGCCCUCAACUGGCUAACUGCCUGGCAACUACAGUCGACUGUGAAGCGGGUCGAGCAAGAGCAGCGUAAAGGGAAAGAUGCGUUUGAAACGCGGAACAAUGUUCAGGUCUUUGCUGCUCAAAAGCUUUCUUUAAUAUACGGCGAGCGUACUAUCUACUACGUGUUUUAUAAAUUUGUGACCAGCCUAUCCGACUCUGCAGAGAAACUUGUGUUGCAGCAGGUACUUUCCUUUUACGGCGCCCAUCUGAUUGUCAAGUACUCCUCUGUUUUUUAUCGCGGCGGAUAUUUCCACGAAAAGUCGAAUCAACUCGAUUUUUAUGAAAAAGGCUUGUUAGAGCUACUUCCCGUGCUUAAGGAUGAAGCCAUCGCUCUGGUGGAUUCCAUUGCUCCCACUGAUUUUAUUCUAAACUCACCCUUGGGCAUGAGCGAUGGGAAUGUUUACCAGCAUCUUCAGGGCAUGAUUGUUUCCGCUCCUGGCGUGUAUGAGCGGCCCCGUUGGUGGCGUGAUGUUACUUACAAGGAUUAUCUUAAGCGUGCCAAGUUGUAGGGUUAUAUUUGUUCUACUUAAUUUGAAUGUGGUGUUUGUAGAGUCGUCGUAUUCAAAUACUCAAACAAUCAAAACAUUAGAUUUAUUGUCUUAUUUUCAAAAAAUUUUAGAGCCUAUGAAUAAUAUUGUUGUGAAGAAAUGUUGAAAAGUUGUUUUUGGAAAAUUAGCACAGAACUUAAAAAAUGCAAUAAAAAGGUUAGAUGACUUGUA